CGCUUCGCUGCACGCCUCGAACGCCAUGAGCUCGACCGACACUGCAGGCAACCCGACCGACUGCCGCGGCCAGCUGCCGGCCGUCAAGAACGGCAAAAUCAUCGACAUGGUCAACGCCUGGACCGCCGCCACUGACCAGCCGUUCAUCUCGUUCGAGUACUUUCCGCCAAAGACGCCCGAGGGCGUCGUGAAGCUGCACAAGGUGAUCGACGAGAUGUGCAAGCAGAAGCCGCUCUUCGUCGACUUCACGUGGGGCGCGGGCGGCUCGUCCGCUGACCUCACGCUCGAGCUCUCGAAAACCUCGCAGCAGAAGCACAAUGUCAUGGUGAACAUGCACCUGACCUGCACCAACCAGUCCAAGGAGGUUUGCGACGCCGGCCUUGCCGGCGCCAAGGAGGCCGGGAUCUGCAACAUCGUCGCUCUGCGGGGUGACCCACCCAAGGGGCAGGACAAGUGGGAGGUGACCGAGGGAGGCUUCGCGUGCGCGCUCGACCUUGUCAAGUACAUGCGCACCAACUACGGCGACUACUUCUCCAUCCAGGUUGCCGGCUACCCUGAGGGGCACCCGGACCGCAUCACCAAGGCGGGCGGCGAGUGGUCGGUGGUGAGCGAGAUGUCGCGCCCGCUCUCGGACCGCGAGAAGAUGCGCCUGGUCGAUGUGGAUGGCGAGCGCAUGACGGGCUUCUGCAAGACACGCAUCCCGCCCGCGAUGGCGAAGCGGGUGGCGGAGCUGAGCGGGGACGACAAAAAGGCGGAGUUUGCCGAGUACGGCAUCGACUACCUCACCGACCUGUGCAAGCAGCUCGUCGCGUCCAAGCUCGUGCCCGGCCUCCACUUUUACGCGCUCAACCAGUCGGAGCGCACCUUCCAGAUUCUCAAGCGGCUCGGAUACUACGCGCCGACCGACUAG